AUGAUUGAACAUUUGGUUUUCUAUGCUGCUAAAACUACUAUUCCAUGUGGAUCUCUCCUUACUGUGUUGUUUAAGUCUUUUGGGAUUGAUGUUGAAAGUGAGUCACCCACUUAUAUUAAACCUGAGAACAUUCUUUCGGAGCAAUCUUUGCUUCGCCUGAGCCUUAAACUUGAGAGUGGGAUAAUUACCUUCUUGACUAGAGGAGGAGAGGAGAAAAAUAGUGGAAAAGGGAAAACACAGGUUGUAGAGGGAGAUACAAGUGAGUCAGAAGAGGAGGAAAGUGAAUCUAAAAAAGAAGAAAGUAAAGAAAAAGGAGAGGAAGACAAAGAGGGGGAAGAAAUUUCUGAGGGGGAAACACAGGAGGCAGAACCUGAGAAAGAAGAGGAGACUCAGAGUGAGGGGGAAUCUAGUUCAGAAAGUGAGAGUCUUGACCUCCCUUUUAAAGGGGAACUCAGGAGGAGUAAGAGGAAAAUUGUCAAACCUACUGUUUCUACUCUAAAGCCUGUGAUUAUUGAAGACAUUAGUUCUUCAGAUCACUCUGACCCUGAUUUUACCCCUACACAAGUUCCUUUUGCUUCUGAGCCAUCUUCUGUUCAUGACUCCCCCCCAAAACAAGCUAAACCCUCUUCCACUCCUGUUUCACCUCCAAAACAGACUUCUACCUCUCCCUCCCCAUCUUUUCCUACAUCACAGCCUACAGGCUUUGCUGCCUUCUCUGGAACAAAUGCUUCUAUUUUUGAUAUUCAACAAGUGAAAACAGUACUGGAGCAGCUGACAAAGAUAGUGAGCACAAAGCUGGAGGAAAUGGCAAAGCAGCUGACUUCUCUUCAACGCCAAGUGCAGGCUGUGGCAGACACUCAGGCAACUAGUUUUACUGGGAUGGAGAACAAGGUUGAUGCUGCUGCGAAGAACAUACUGCACAGCACUCAGGAGAUAUUGGAGACGAUUAACAGGGUGGCUUUUGAAGAAGUGGAGGAAGCUUCUAAUGACCCAAUAAACCCAGCUGAUGAACCAACCUAUUCCCCAUAA